CAGUCACAGUCCAGGAAGAGCUGAUGUCUUUCAAUCUUAGAAUCCGACGCUCUUUGUCCAACGCUAAACCCGCGACACCCAACUGAGACACCACCCUGUGAGAAAAUCAGUUGUCAUGGGCAUGGCUAGGGCCACUGUGAUGCUGCUGCUUUCUAUGGACUGACACCAUUAAAAAGUCUGUUAUCAGGAGCUGCUUCGGUUAUCCUGGCACAUAUACUAUCUGGAAGGAUGAAGCUACGACUGCAUUUUGUGGUGGACCCCAUGGGCUGGUUCUGCAUAAGCAUGGUGCUGUUUGUCUGGCUCUAUAACAGCUUCCUGAUUCCAAAACUGGUGCUAUUGCCACAUUAUGCAGAGGGACACAUACCUGCUGCCUUUGUGGUCUUUUACUAUCUAGCAUCACUUCUGUGCGUCUCAGCAUUAUUCAGGGCUUCCACCGCUGACCCCGGAAAACUUGCUCAGGACCCCAAAAUUCCACUCGCAGAGAGAGACAACUGGGAACUGUGCAAUAAAUGUAACAUUAUGAGGCCAAAGAGGUCACACCACUGCAGCCGCUGUGGCCACUGUGUCCGUCGCAUGGACCACCACUGUCCCUGGAUUAAUAACUGUGUUGGGGAGGAUAACCACUGGCUCUUUUUGCAGCUGUGUUUUUACACUCAGGUUCUGAGUCUCUACACUCUGGUGUUGGACUUCUGCCAGUACUACUACUUCCAGCCCCUGUCCUCGGUGGACCGGGCGGACAUUGAGGUACGUCAUGAAUUGGCUCUUCUACGUGGGUCUUGUUUCAUGGGGCUGAUCAUGUUUGGUGGAAUGAGCAGCCUUUUCUACACACAAGUCGAAGGAAUCCUUGCAGACGCAACAACUAUAGAGAAGAUGUCACACUUACUGGAAGACAUUGGACCGCGCCGGUCGUGGCAGCAAGCGAUGGCUGAGGUGUUUGGCACUCGCUGGAAGAUCCUGUGGUUCCUGCCGUUCAGGAGCAGACAGCCUCUAAGGCUCAACUUGACCUCCCGCUCCCAUGUGUAGACAGACAGACAGAGACGCACACAUCACUCCAGUGGGGAAGGUCACCCUCCGACAACCCCCCUCCCCUCCCCGCCCCUUGUCUUCAGCAAAAUCCUCUCCAAAAUAGCUUGGUACCUCUACAGGAUCAAACUUUUUCAGGUUCUUCAUAACAUCUGAGAAUAAUCUGGCACAUAUCUAUUCAUAUAGAAAUGAAUACAGUUGUAGUUGAACAUAUCAGUGUCAAAAACAGUAUUUUUUUCGGUUUUGACUGCACAUGCUGGGACAGGAUUGUAUUUACUACUGAAAUAGGAUUACAGGGAAUAGUUUAUUGUGAGGCUUGGUUGUCUCCAGGGUAACGCUUAUUUGUUGAGACCUCAGCCCGGCCCGGCCCAGUCCACUCCCCUAGGUCUGGAUCACGUGAGUGGUUUUCAUGCGAGUAGGGACGCAAGUGGGCGGAGAUUGUCUGGUUUUAUGGCACUGAGGGUUGAUGGCUCUCGAGGUGAGUCAUGACCUCUGGCAUGGGUAAAAGACACUGCUGAAGAACACACACACACACAACAUAGUUUACAAUAACUUUCGCUAUCAUGCACAUAAUUACGCAUACCUCACCAAGCACUGCUAAUGCCUCUGCUGAGCGUUUGACUGCUGUUACUGCGAUUGAUCACUUUUUUUUUUUUUCAUUAAUGUUUGUGUGCCUUUUACAGUCUACAAGUUUGGAACUUUUUUGUGUCUUUUUAUUACGAAUUUUAUUUUAAAUCAUAAACAUCAAGUUACUUGUUUUUUUG